GCUGUGUCCUCCUUUCCACUUGCAUGAAGUUGGUGGAGAAGACGGUGCCUUUCUGUUACUCCUUGGGCUCACCAGCCAUCGCCGCCUUCAGAAUGAGUGACCUCCAAGAAGAAGGUAAAAAUGCUAUCAAUGCACCAAUGAAUCCAAGCACCGUGGACAUCCAUCCAGAAGACACACUAUUAGAGGAGAAUGAGGAACGCACUAUGAUUGAUCCGAACUCAAAAGAAGACCCCAAGUUCAAAGAGCUGAUCAAGGUUCUAAUUGACUGGAUUAAUGAUGUGCUGGUGGAGGAGAGAAUCAUUGUCAAACAUCUUGAAGAGGACCUCUAUGAUGGGCAGGUGCUGCAAAAGCUGCUAGAAAAAUUGGCUGACCGUAAACUGAAUGUGGCAGAAGUGACGCAGUCUGAAAUUGGUCAGAAACAAAAGUUGCAGACGGUCCUGGAAGCUGUCCAUGAUUUACUCCGUCCCCAUGGCUGGACAAUCAAGUGGAACGUUGACUCAAUCCACGGCAAGAAUCUGAUUUCCAUUCUUCACCUUCUGGUUGCUUUGGCAAUGCAUUUCCGGGCUCCCAUUCGGCUGCCUGAACAUGUGUCUGUACAAGUGGUAGUUGUACGGAAACGCGAAGGCCUCCUUCAGACCACUCAUGUUACCGAGGAGCUGACAACUACAACAGAGAUGAUGAUGGGAAGAUUUGAGCGUGAUGCCUUUGACACACUUUUUGAUCAUGCACCAGACAAACUCAGCGUAGUCAAAAAGUCUCUCAUCACCUUUGUGAACAAACACUUGAAUAAACUGAAUUUGGAAGUAACGGAGUUAGAAACCCAGUUUGCAGAUGGUGUUUACUUGGUUUUGCUCAUGGGUCUCCUUGAAGACUAUUUUGUUCCACUUCACAACUUCUACUUAACACCUGAAAGUUUUGAUCAAAAGGUUCAUAAUGUUUCCUUUGCUUUUGAGCUGAUGCAAGAUGGAGGACUGAAGAAACCGAAAGCUCGUCCUGAAGAUGUUGUCAACUUGGAUCUGAAGUCUACCCUCAGGGUUCUGUACAACCUCUUCACAAAGUACAAGAAUGUUGAAUGAUCCUGGAAGCUGCUGAGGUCUUCAUCCUUCCAACCUCCUUAGGCAGAAAUGAUAAUAAACACACCCUCUGCACGCUCCCUUUGUGCCUUAUGCUAUACUCGAUGCAUUCUUUCUACAGUUGAUGUGGUCUCUCUGUAGCUGUUUGUAUGACAAUCCCACUGAAAAUCAUGCAUGUGUAUUCUCUAGUCACUUGAAAAUGUGUAGAUAUUUCACACUUUUACCAGAAGAUACUGUUGAGUCUGUUGUUUGUUAUCAUCAACAAAUGUUCUUUUGCUAAAGGAAAUAUACCACUAACUAAUAAGGGGCGAAAACGUGAGGCCUUCUUCAUGGCUGGAGACUCCUUGAUGCUAUAAUAGACUUUCUUUUGCAUACUCCUUGGUUGCCACUGACAUUUGAUGAUUUAUCAGGCUUAAGCCUUAGCAGUAGGAAAUCAGCAUUGGAAUUUAUUUAGAAGCUGAGCCUUUUCUGUUAAGUAAGGUUUUUUAUGUUCUGUUAGGUGGGUGGGACUGAGGGGAAGUAGAGGCACUAUCUGAAGCUAAUGGCAAAAGCUUCAGUUUUUGCAUUAACCUCAUACUACUCAGUGUUAUUUCCAUUCAGUGUUUACACAGAGUAAGUCUUGCAAUGGGAUGACCAGCUAAUCUUUUGAUGUCUAUUUUUUAUUUCAUCUCCUUUCUAGGAUAAAUUUGGUUGCUAGACCCACUGUCAUCUGUUAAGCAAUGCAGCUUCAAUCAGGUCAGUCAGGAGCUGGUGAAAUAGGUGCAGGAUGGAUUAAUGCAUUUUGCCCCCAGUCCUUUCUGUAAUGUACAUGGGGAAUAACGAGCCUGGCAGUUUAAAAGCUGACUCUUCAUUUCAUGUAGCUGAGUUAAAGGGUCAGAUUCAUUCCUAUUGGAGUUAUUGGCAGCUGUUCUGUUCUGGGGGUCAGGCUUUUAUAAACAGAGUUUUAGGUAUUUACUUUCCUAAUGUGUAAAACUAAAUUCCCGUAUAAAUAAAAGCUUGCCUUUACUUGUGGGUUGUGUUGGGCUAUGCAAGGCAUGCGGUAUACAUAGUGCAAGCUAAUGGUUAGCACUCAAAUGCUAAGCUCUUCAGUGAUCAGUUAUACUUUAAACUAAUUUCAUCGAGUUGUCCUGUGCCAUCCCCAGAAAUACUCCACUAGGCUCUGGCCUACUCCUGUAGUCUUUUAAGCUGUUACGGAUUUUAGUGGGAAUCCGUUUUAAAAUAAGAUUGCUAGAUUUAUCUGGUAGAGUCUAGUUACCUCAUAGUACUUAACAGGUUUCAUCUGUGGAGCUGUUCCUGGCUGGUGAUGUGCAGGUGUAGCGAUGUGUACAAGGAGCCUGUGCUGGAACAUGAGCCGUAGAUUUUUGAGGUGAGCUGUGCAAAGGAAAUGGGUAUGUAAUUUCCAGAAUAGAUUAUUUGUGGAAUAUGCAUGCAAUAGCACUCCUUUCCUUGGAGUCCAUAGGGGAGAGAUUUGACUACUGCUUUUACGUAUCACAGCAGCAACUUUUCUUUUUUGGGUAGCCAUGAUUUUGUGCAAAACAUGAGGCUGAGUGCCCCAAAGAGGAAGCGGGUAGCAUUGCUCUGCUCCAUGAGAUCACUUGAGCCCUGUUGUAAGUAGGCAUCUUUUUUCCCUAAAAGUGAAUUUCUUAUGCCAAACUUUAUUUACCUUUCUGAGUUCAAGAGGAAACGUGCUGUUUGAAGGGUAAAAUUUUACAAUUGGGAUUUUCUCAUUCCCCCCCUUAAAGAUUGGGGAAUUUUUUUAAUCUCUGAGGGAGAGAAAUGGGCUUCUGCUUCUUUUGUUUUCAUUUUUUUGGCUUCUGAGUUCUAGUAUUUGAUUUACUUGGGUCACCUAUUCUCAUAUGUCCAAAACAAAGAUGGAGGGAAAUUGCCCUUUCUUUCCAUUAAAAAUUCAGAUCUCAUCUACCCUAUAAGGUUCUGUGGGGAAUCAUUGCUUGUCUGUACUUUAGGAGGGAGCUGACCUCUCGCUGUUUACACAGAGCCUAGUACAAUUGGACUUGAAUUUUAGAUGGGGCCACUAGACUCUACCGUGAUGCUAGCAAUUAUUACAGAGGAGACUUGCAGAGGCACUAAGGCCUGGUGGGUCAGCUCUCCUGGCAAGUUAAUGAAAUUGGUCUAACUUGCAUGCGGUGUAAUAGGGGUAUCGUGAGGCUUGGGAGGUGAUUGAACUGAAAGGUCUCUCAAACUUUUAGUUUCAUGCAGCGUUAUUUGUGGGAAACAAGUCUGUUAAAGAGCUGUCAUUCCACCCACCUCCCUUCAGCUGAUGUGGAAGUGCCAGUGGUCUUGGUAUUCUCUGAGAUGCUGGGAGAGCCCUCCAGAGAACUCUAGUUUUUGAAAUUGCAAGCAAUAUUAAUAUCAAAAGCAAGAAAGUAAGAAGAGGAGACAUUUACA